UUGUUACGUUACUGGGCCUUGGCCGUAAGGGUAUAAACCCAAUUACUGAGCACAAUUCUCUGCCGCCGAAGCUUUUUUGACGCAGCGAAAAUGGUGAAGGGACGCCAAGGUGAACGCGUUAGACUCUAUGUUCGUGGAACCGUGCUUGGAUACAAAAGGUCGAAGUCGAAUCAGUACCCAAACACGUCGUUGAUACAGAUAGAGGGAGUUAACACCCAGGAGGAGGUGGCGUGGUACCUUGGGAAGCGAUUGGCGUAUAUCUACAAGGCUAAAGUUAAAAAGAACGGUUCUCACUACCGUUGCAUUUGGGGAAAAGUUGCGCGUCCACACGGUAACAGCGGUGUUGUUCGUGCCAAGUUCAAAUCUAACCUUCCCCCCAAAUCUAUGGGAGCUAGAGUGAGGGUGUUCAUGUACCCAAGCAACAUUUGAGCUAUUGGGAUUUUGUUGAUCGAGUUUGGGAGCAUUAGGUGAAAGCCAGCUCUUGAGCAAUUUAAAUGAAGUUUUGAGCUCAGAGUACUCUUUUGAUUAUUAGCCAUUUUUCUGUUUCUUUUUUUCUCUGGAAUCUGAAUUUGCAAUCUAGUUGAUGUGAACAUUUUAUUAAGUAUUUGCGACUUUGACCUCUUGUUUGCUAAUUUCCAUUUUAUAAUGUUAAGUAUGGCUGGCGUAACGGUUAGAUCUCAA